CUCGUAAAUGUGCAUAAAAAGUCCACUAUUAUUAAUCUUCCUUUGACCUCUCCAAUCAUGAAUUUCUCAGAACUUAGCUUCUUCUUACCCCAAAUGCGCAUUUUUUCUUGUGAUAGAUCAUUAUUGUCGUGUACACGUACGCCUACGGGGCCACUCGUCAAAGCCUAGCUCGUUAAACGGCAGCAUAAGGCCAUGGUUGAAGGACGUAAGCGUGGCCGACCCAGAGUCGACCCCAAAUCGGACAACUGGUAUGGUGUCAGCGAUGCAAAAGAGCGGAAGCGGAUUCAGGACAGAUUGGCGCAAAGAGCGAGACGAAAUCGCCUCGGCUCACAAGUGACCACGAAUAUUCAAGCUCCUGAGAGUCACUCAACCGUCUCGGAAGCGACUUCUCAGCCUGCCUCACAAGCGACUGGGACUUCGCUUGAGGUAGCCUCGCAGCAAGCACAAACCCAGGGCCAAGUCACGAGCUUAGCACUAUUACCAUCCGAUGCAGCGGCCCAGGAUUCUACCAGGUCACCGCCGUCCUGGAUGUGGACUUACCUGAGACGAUACCAACAGACGACAGUCGACCACAGAUUCCUAUGCUGGCCUGCGUGGCCGCUUUACGCCGCACUAGUCACUCACGGGACCAUGCAAGGAACCAGCUGCCCAGAUGCCGGAGACCAAGUGAAGUCUCCUAUGGAGUAUCUCGCAUUGCCGGAUCCCCUGAGGCCAUCACCUCUGCAGCUAGCCGUUGCGCACCCGAGAUGGAUCGACCGGUUUCCCUUCCAGCGGUUCAGAGACAAUAUGAUCCUCCUGCUCGGGUUGAUUGACCUGGAUGAGUUCAUCGGUGACAUGUUCGGCAUGGCAAGCUUGAUCCUGCGAAUCGAGACUCAGCGAGCCACGUGGGAUCCAGCAGCUUGGGCCAUAGGGACGGAGUUCUCCUCAAAAUGGGGCUACUUGUUUUUAUAGCUGGGACCUGACCUCGGUGAACUACCCAUGAGGGGAUGUUGAGUUCGACGCCUGUGACGACUAUUGCGUCUUCCAGAUUCGCUCGAGGAUACCAACGACAGGA